UAUUGCGUGACCGAUUACUGUUAAUUCAACAUUUGAUCAUCGAACUCGCUUUUUUAGUUAUCGAUAAGAUUGUAUUGUGCGGCGAUUGGAUAUAGCAGCCGGUACAACGAUAAAAAAUACUGCUAGAAACUUUUCUCCUUCAUUCUUACUGUAGCUGAUUGCGGCGAAGUAAGUAAACUACUUGAUAGAGUUGUCAAUUAUUUCAACAAAUGAGUCAUGUUAAUUGUUGAAUUUUAGUCAUCUGAAUGACAACCCAAGACCCUUGCAAAAAGUUAGCUUGCAAACUUCAAAAGUGUUUACAAGAGAAUGUUUAUCAGUCAUCUAGAUGCGAGGCUGUUAUUGAAGAACUGAGACAGUGUUGUAUAAAAAUCUCAUCUAAAUCUGUGGUUUGUGAAGGUAUCGAUACAUCCAAACCCUAUGAACAUAAAACCGUAGAUUAUAAGGAAGUAAUGAAAUAGAUUAUGAAGCCUGUUACGACAACACUGAGGCCUAAGAGAAAACCAGUUUUAAGAGAAAGAUCUUUUAUAUAUCGU